AUGGCUGGAACUUUUGACAACGUUAUCGACUUGAAUCCUAUAAAAACUACGUGGAAAAUUAAGGUCAAGAUCAUUCGUCUAUGGAAACAAUACUUCGCAGGCGACAUUGAGAGUAUUCAGAUGGUGUUACUUGAUUCAAAUGGUGAUACGAUUCAUGCAACUGUUAAUGAGGAUGUGGUUCCGAUCUUUGAAUCAUUCCUCGAAGAAGAUAUUAUUGGUCAGAUUGUAGAGGUUACUCAUCUUGAAAUCGUGUCUCUCAAUGGGAAGGACACAGAAAAGAUUUCAUUAGAGUUAAAAAAUGAAGAAGAUGUUAGGCUUCCAUUGGUUGUAUGGGGAAAUGUUGCACUAGAACUAAGCAACGCAAUUCAACUUCUUUCUGAUCGAACUCUAAUUUGUGUUAUGAAGUUUGGGAAGAUCAAAGUAUGGAAAGAUGAGCGAAGCGUAUGCAAUGCAUACAAUGUGUCCGCUAUCUCCCUUAAUCCAUAUAUUCAAGAGGUAGAAACUUUUGCCAAAUUGUUACCAAAGGAAAAUAUAUCUUUAGCAAUUGUGCAGUCUAAACCAUUUUCGAUGGUAUCAAUGAUGUCAGAGGAAGAAGACUACUUCGUUCAAACGCCACAGAAAACAAUAUCUGAUAUUUUGGAGACGAGAAAGGUUGAGAGGUGUUUUGUAAGGUGCACCAUAGCUGCGAUUGAUAAUGAUAUGGGUUGGUACUAUAUUAGUUGCAAAGUGUGUGGUACAAAACUAGAUAUGUUGCAUAAUAACGUUCAUCCCGGAGGAACCUAUGAACUGGAUGUUCGUUGUAUGCUCUAUUGUACUAAGUUCAAGAUGCUCAAUCCUAAGCUGAAGCUAAGGUACAAGUUGCAUUUGGUAGUACUAGAUAAUACAGGCCACACAAAGUUGUUGGUGUUAGAUAAUAUUGUGCUGCAAUUGCUCCAUCAACCUUGCUUUCAUCCAACGACACAUAUCACAAGUGAAAUCCUGGAACCCAAUGUUUUACGCACCGCUCUCAAGAAUUUAGUUGGUAAAACAUAUUUGUUUAAGAUCAUUAUAGAUAAGGUUAAUUAUCAGUACGAUGACGACACAUUCAGGGUGCAGAAGAUUAUCACCAGCCCAUAUAUGAUAAACGAGUUUGACGUGUCCCCUUAUCCUAAGGGACAUUCAAACAAGUUCUACCCAGAUUUUUCUAAUGGGUCUGAGGACCUAGAGGGUUCUAUGAUGCUAACUGGUAGUUCUUCUGUUGACUCUGAAUCUAAUGUGAAGACUCCUGCUAAACGUGAAGGAUCCCCAAUCGAAAGUUUAGAGGCAGCCUUUUAUCAGAGUACUGCUAACAAACAUGGACCUUCGGAUUCGAUCAAGAAAGUGAAGACUGAAAAAAGUGGCUGA